UUUUUCUAUUUUACUUUUUUUGGGAUCUUGCAUUUUUUUUUUUUUAUUUUGUUUUUCACCCAUUAUCCGCCUCUUCCCAUCAGUCCAUUCAUCUGUCUCGCCGAUUCUCGUUUCUCCAUCCCUUUCGUUGCAUUACUCUCUUCCUGUUUUCUUCCCUUUUGUUCACCUCCUCAUCCUCUCUCCGUAAGGUCGCGACAUUCGGUGUGACUUCUCUUUCUCUCUCUCUCUCUCUCUCUCUCUCCUCCCCCUCCCCCUCUAUACCAACUCAUACCUACAUAUUAAUACCUCCUCCUCUUCCUUAAUCCUAUUUCCCCAUCAGUCAAAGCUCUGUUGACAGAGUAACAGCCAUCAUGCCUAACGGUGCUCCUUUGCUCAACACUGCCAAUGGCACCUCCGCCAACGACAACAUCACCCGCUUCGAGCCCCCCAGCCGUGUGCUUUCUCCCCUCAACCACACCCUCUUCCACAACAAGACGAGAUGUUUCGUAUAUGGCAUGCAGCCCCGGGCUGUCCAGGGUAUGCUGGACUUCGACUUCAUCUGCAAGCGUAGCACUCCCUCCGUCGCCGGUAUCAUCUACACUUUCGGUGGUCAGUUCGUGAGCAAGAUGUACUGGGGUACCAGCGAGACUCUCCUCCCCGUCUACCAGGACGUCUCCAAGGCUAUGGCCAAGCACCCCGAUGUUGACACUGUCGUCAACUUCGCUUCUUCCCGUUCCGUCUACAGCUCUACUAUGGAGCUCAUGGAGUGCCCCCAGAUCAAAUCCAUUGCCAUCAUCGCUGAGGGUGUCCCCGAGAGACGUGCUCGUGAGAUCCUCGUCACCGCCAAGGAGAAGGGUAUCACCAUCAUCGGCCCUGCUACCGUCGGUGGUAUCAAGCCCGGUGCUUUCAAGAUCGGUAACACUGGUGGUAUGAUGGACAACAUCGUUGCCUCCAAGCUCUACCGCAAGGGUUCCGUCGGUUACGUCUCCAAGUCCGGUGGUAUGUCCAACGAAUUGAACAACAUCAUCUCCCAGAACACCGACGGUGUCUACGAGGGUGUUGCUAUCGGUGGUGACCGUUACCCCGGUACCACUUUCAUUGACCACCUUCUCCGUUAUCAGGCCGAGCCUGAGUGCAAGAUCCUUGUCCUCCUCGGUGAGGUCGGUGGUGUGGAGGAAUACCGUGUCAUUGAGGCCGUCAAGAACGGCACCAUCACCAAGCCCAUUGUUGCCUGGGCCAUCGGUACCUGCGCCAGCAUGUUCAAGACCGAGGUUCAAUUCGGUCACGCUGGUGCUUCCGCCAACUCCGACCUGGAAACCGCUGUUGCCAAGAACAAGGCCAUGCGUGAGGCUGGUAUCUACGUUCCCGAGACCUUCGAGGAGCUUCCCCAGACUCUUGCUCAGGUCUACAACGAGCAGGUUGAGAAGGGUGUCAUUGUUCCCCAGAAGGAGCCCGUCCCCCCCAAGAUCCCCAUCGACUACUCCUGGGCUCAGGAGCUCGGUCUCAUCCGUAAGCCCGCUGCUUUCAUCUCCACCAUCUCCGACGACCGUGGCCAGGAGCUGCUGUACGCUGGCAUGCCCAUCUCUGAUGUCUUCAAGGAGGACAUUGGUAUCGGUGGUGUCAUGUCUCUUCUUUGGUUCCGUCGCCGCCUGCCUGCCUACGCCAGCAAGUUCUUGGAGAUGGUUCUCAUGCUUACUGCUGAUCACGGUCCUGCCGUCUCUGGUGCCAUGAACACCAUCAUCACCACCCGUGCUGGUAAGGAUUUGAUCAGUGCCCUGGUCUCUGGUCUCCUGACCAUCGGUUCCCGCUUCGGUGGUGCCCUGGACGGCGCUGCUGAGGAGUUCACCAAGGCCUUCGACAAGGGCAUGAGCCCCCGUGACUUCGUCGACACCAUGCGCAAGGAGAACAAGCUGAUCCCUGGUAUUGGUCACCGUAUCAAGUCCCGCAACAACCCCGAUCUCCGUGUCGAGCUUGUUAAGGAGUACGUCAAGAAGAACUUCCCCAGCACCAAGCUCCUCGACUACGCCCUUGCCGUCGAGACCGUCACCACCUCCAAGAAGGACAACCUGAUCCUCAACGUUGACGGCUGCAUUGCUGUCUGCUUCGUUGAUCUCAUGCGCCACUGCGGUGCCUUCUCCCCCGAGGAGACCGAGGACUACAUGAAGAUGGGUGUUCUCAACGGUCUCUUCGUUCUGGGCCGUUCCAUUGGUCUGAUUGCCCACUACCUCGACCAGAAGAGACUGCGCACUGGUCUCUACCGUCACCCCUGGGACGACAUCACCUACCUCCUCCCCGCCCUUCAGAAGGGUGGAUCCGAAGGUCGUGUUGAGGUCACCGUCUAAUUUCCUACAUCCCCCUUUUAAUAUACUUGCAUUUCAUGAUUUAGUCAUAAAAUCCGUCAGAGCUGACGUCGGAGUUAUGAUGGCUUGCUUUUUUUUU